GAAUGAACUGAAUCAACUGAAUCAAUGAUCUUUAAAAAAUCAUUUGAGAAAAGUGUCUUGUGAAAUCUGAAUCAACUGUAGUUAAUGUAUUCGAUUUACAAUGAUUAUCGACUAGAGAUUCUGUACACAAAUCCAGAUUUAUCUGGGGCUAAGAGCUUGUCCUAAGGACUUUUACUGAUCUAUCUUAAAAAUGCGUUUCCGAUUUUGCGGGGGCGCAGAUUGCCCUGAUUGGCUUUUAGCAGAAUUACAUGCGUUGUCCAGGCUGAGUUCAGUCAGGGUGCGCCAACUUGCCACUUUAGUAGUUCAAAGCAUACUGGAUGGAAAAGUAGACGAAGAAAAGCUGAUCAAGAUUAUGAGUGAUACCAAAUUAGAUAUUUUAAGCAUAAAGGCAGCAUCUUCUUGCGUAAAUUUUGUACUACAAUCAGCUGCCAGACAUGGAGCAGUUGAUAGUGCUCUAUCCAGCGAAUUGCAGCAAUUGGGGUUACCUCGAGAACACAGUGCAGCAAUUUGUAAAGUAUAUAAUGAGCAAUGUGCUGCAAUUACUGCAAAAUUGAGAGAACAAAGUUUAAGAGUUAACAGAUUAAAAGAAGUUACUGCCAAUAUACCAGAGAACACUAUAGAUUGUGUACAAUUAAAUUUAACACUAGGAGACGUUGUUGAAGAUGGACAACGUGUAACGAAAGAACAUAUAUUUAACAUUGGCAAAGAAGACCUUAUAAUAAUGAUCAAUGAGCUAAAAAAAGCACGAAGUUUAAUGCAAGAAUUAUCUAAGAGCUCAUGAUAAAGAGAUAACAUUAAUUUAUGAGAUACUUGUAAAUGUAUUUUAUAUAAAAAUACCCAAUAGAAUUUUAUAAUAUUAA